AUGCACAUCUUGGUCACCAACGACGACGGCCCGCCGUCGACCAAGGCGUCGCCCUACAUCCACGCCUUUGUCAACCACCUCAAAGCAGCCGGCCACGACGUCUCCGUGUGCCUGCCCGACACGCAGCGCUCGUGGAUCGGCAAGGCGCACAUGAUUGGGCAGACGCUGAAGCCGGUGUACUUUCGGCCGUCGGCCCACGUCUACGGCGACGAGACCGAGGGCACCACCAACGCCCGGCCCGACGCCUCGGGCGCGGGCGACGAGGAAUGGGUCCUGGUGGACGGCACGCCGGCCUCGUGCGUGCAGAUUGGCCUCAACCACUUCUUCCACGGCAAGGGCCCGGUCGACCUCGUCGUCAGCGGGCCCAACUACGGCCGCAACACGACGGCCAUUUUCGCGCUCAGCUCGGGCACGCUCGGCGGCGCGCUCGAGGCCGCCGUCUGCAAGGUCCGUGCCAUUGCCGUCAGCUUCGCCUUCUUCUCGCGCAACCACGACCCGGCCAUCAUCGAGGCCGCGUGCCGCCAGAGUGUCAAGGUUAUCGACGGGCUAUACAGGCAGUGGCCGACGGACGACAGCGUCGAUCUGUACAGCGUCAACGUGCCGCUCGUCGAGGCCGUCGACACGCGCAAGAUAUAUCUCACCAAGAUGCUGCAAAACUACUGGCAGGCGGGUGGCUGCUUUGAGGAGAUUGACGACCCGAGCAACGCGGACCCCGUCGAGGAGGAGGCCAAGAUCCGAGAGGGGGGUUUGUCGUCUGCGACUCCAGACACCGAGACUGAUUGCAAGGGGCAUAAGCACAAGCACUUCAAAUGGGCGCCAAGGUUCACCGAUGUCUAUUCCAGUGUUGAGGCGGCUGGGCCUGGGUCUGACGGAUGGGUGGUCAAGGAAGGUCAUACCAGGUAUACUUCGUGA